AUGGCGAAGGACCAGGUCUCCAACGCACCGUGGUCUGAUAAACCGAAAAUGGUGUCCGAGACUCCUAUCAUGGAGCCGCUGCCUCAAGAACAGCCUGCUCAAGCCGCCUACGAUGAUGUCGACUACGAGAAGUACGGCGCGACCCGUGAUACCAACCCGGUGCCCCAAUUGCAGCGGAAGCUGAAGAGCAGACAUUUGCAGAUGAUUGCCAUUGGUGGUACUAUCGGAACUGGUCUCUUCAUUGGUAGUGGUGCAGCCAUCUCGAAUGCUGGCCCUGUCGGUGCGCUCAUCGCUUUCAUCUUCGUCGGAACCAUCGUUUACUCCGUUAUGACGGCUCUCGGAGAGGUCGCCACUUAUAUCCCUGUUCCCGGUUCUUUCACGACUUAUGCGACACGAUUGAUUCAUCCUAGCUUGGGUUUCUCGAUGGGUUGGAUUUAUUGGUUUUCUUGGGCGUCGACAUUUGCUCUCGAAUUGACUGCCACCGGUUUAAUUAUUCAAUUCUGGGACGAAACUAUCCCAAUUUCCAUCUUUAUUGCCAUCUUUUGGGUGGUUAUCAUCAUCCUGAAUCUGUUGCCGGUCAAAUUCUACGGUGAGAUUGAGUUCUGGUUCUCCAGCAUCAAAAUUCUCACCGUGGUUGGCUUCAUGAUCUUCGCCAUUUGUAUCAACGCUGGUGCAGGCGAGAAGGGAUAUAUCGGGUUCCGAUACUGGGUGACUCCUGGUCCUUUUACGGCCCCGGGUCUUUACCAGGUUAAUUCGACUCCCGCCGUCGCCAAAUUCGUUGGUUUCUGGUCCGUUCUUAUCAAGGCUGGUUUCUCUUACCAGGGUACUGAACUUGUCGGUAUUGCGGCCGGUGAGACUGAGAACCCUCGCAAGACAGUCCCCUCUGCUAUUCGCAAGACUUUCUUCCGCAUCGUUUUCUUCUUCAUCCUGACUAUCUUCUUCAUUGGAAUUGUUGUGCCUUCUGACGACCCAACUCUGAUUGCUGCCAAUAAUGCCAGCGGAGCGAGCGCCUCAAACGGUAACGCUUCUCCUUUUGUGAUUGCUGCCCGACUUGCUGGUGUCAAGGUGCUCCCGGAUAUCAUCAACGCUGUUCUCUUGACUGUCGUGCUUUCCGCGGCCAACUCAAAUGUGUACAGUGGUAGUCGUAUCAUCGUCGGUCUGGCCCAGGAGGGCUUCGCCCCUCGCUUCAUGAAGAAGACUUCCAAGGGCGGUGUCCCUUACUAUGCUGUUCUCUUCACUGCCGCGUUCGGCUUACUCGGUUUCCUCAACGUGUCGAGUGCUGGUUCCGAUGUCUUCAACUGGCUUCUCCAAAUCUCCGGCGUCGCUGGUUUCAUCACCUGGUGCUCUUUGAACGCUUGCCAUAUCGCCUUCCAGAAAGCACUCAAGGCGCGCAACAUUUCGCGUGAUAUCUUGCCUUACAAGGCCAUCUGGCAGCCGUGGUUCUCGUGGUAUGGCUUGUUCUUCAACACCCUUAUUAUCCUCACCCAGGGCUUCACCUGCUUCAUCCCCCACUUCCAAGUGCAGGAAUUCUUCAUCAACUAUUUGAGUCUCAUCUUGUUUGUGGUGCUGUAUCUGGGACACUGGAUCAUCUUCCGACCUAAGUUUGUCAAGCCCAUUGAGGCUGAUCUGGACACUGGUCGAACUACAUUUGAUAACGAGACCUGGGAGACGGUCGAGCCGACCACGUGGUACGGCAAGACCUGGCACUGGAUCAGUGGUUAG